UUCCAGAUACACCUCCUCAGCUGCAACAGGAAUCAGAGACUGUUUUCUCCAAAACAGCUUUGAGCCAAGCUUUGUUGCCAAAGGUGACUUCAUUAUUGGAGGGAUUUUCCCCCUUCAUUAUAACCAAGAAAUGCCUGAUCAGAACUACACCUACCGACCACAACCAGUAAAGUGCAAUGGAUUUGAUCCAAGGGCUUUCCGUUGGGUUCAGACUAUGAGGCUAGCAGUGGAGGAGAUAAACCAGAGCUCAAAACUACUGGCCAAUCACACCCUGGGAUACAAGAUUUUUGAUUCAUGUGCAUAUCCACUGACUGGUCAGAGGGCUGCUCUGGCUGUGCUGAAUGGGCUUAGUGAGGAAAACUCUCCCAUGUGCACAGGUGCCUCUCCGAUGCUUGCUGUCAUUGGAGAAUCAGGAUCUGCACAGUCCAUUGUGGUUUCAAGACUCCUGCAAGCAUUUAGAAUCCCAAUGAUCAGCUACUUCUCAUCGUGUGCCUGCUUUACUGACAGAAGGAAACAUCCCACGUUUUUCAGAGUCAUUCCUAAUGAUGACUACCAGGUGAAGGCCAUUGCUCAACUUCUGGUACACUUUAACUGGACUUGGGUUGGGCUUAUUCGAGGAGAUCAUGAAUAUGGACGCUUUGCAGUGCAAGGCUUACUGCGGGAACUGGAGGGCAGCAAAGUCUGUGUGGCUUACCAAGAAAUGAUCCCUCUGCUCUACAGCACACAAAGGGCAAUGGAAAUUAUACAGGUAAUGCGGAGCUCUUUGGCAAAGGUAGUGGUGGUAUUUUCAGCUGAAGGGGAAAUGACACCUUUCCUGAGAGACUACAUGAUGCAGAACAUUACUGGAAUCCAAUGGGUGGCAAGUGAAGCCUGGAUCACAGCAUCUGUCUUUACAGGAAGAGAAUUUUACCCCUACCUGGGGGGCACCAUUGGGUUUGGCAUCAGAAAAGGUCAUAUUGCUCAACUCAGUGAAUACCUGCAGACAAUCAACCCUAAAAGAUAUCCCAAUAAUUCUCUGGUGGGUGAGCUUUGGGAGGCUCUGUAUGGCUGCAGUCCUUUUGCAUCCUUUGCCAACAAAUUGGCCUUGUGUUCAGGGAAAGAGGUCUUGUUGGAACAGCACUCAGCCUACACAAAUACGUCGAGUCCUAGAGUGGCUUACAAUGUCUACAAGGCUGUUUAUGCAGUUGCCUAUUCCCUGCACAACCUCCUUCUUUGUCAACCUGGCAAUGGGCCUUUUAAAAAUAAUUCUUGUGCUCAGAGCAACCAUAUUCUACCCUGGCAGCUUCAGUACUACCUGCAAGAAGUCAGGUUCAAAAUUGCUGGAGAGGAGGUCAAUUUUGACCUGAAGGGUGACUCAGUGCCAUACUAUGACAUUAUCAACUGGCAGAGAGGCGCAACUGGAAACAUUGAGUUUGUUAACGUGGGAUUGUUCGACGGAACUAAGCCUUAUGGAGAAGAGCUGCUGAUCCAGGAGGGAAGAAUAAUAUGGGCAGGUCAUCAGAGUGAGGCAAGCUGCUCACACUGUGUUUUUACCUUCAUCAGAUGCCAACUGUUGAAGUUCUGUAGGUUAAGAUGGAGGUGCCAGUGUCUGUCUGCAGUCCCAGCUGCCCUCCAGGUUUCAGGAAAGCUGUCCGUCGUGGGCAGCCUGUAUGCUGUUUUGACUGUGUACCAUGUGACAGUGGCAAAAUUAGUAAUCAGACAGAUUCAUUAGAGUGCAUGUUUUGUCCUGAAGACUUCUGGUCAAACCAAGAGAGAACAGCAUGCAUCCCCAAGAGGGUGGAGUUCUUGGCCUAUGAUGCGUUGGGUAUACCUCUGACAGUCAUCUCAGUAGUGGGUGCUUCGCUG